AUGAAGCUCUCUUUGUUGUCGCUGGCGACACUGAUCACAGCCGCCGUGGCUGACUUGGAUCCCAUUGUUAUCAAGGGCUCUAAAUUCUUCUAUUCUAGUAACAACACUCAAUUCUACCUUCGCGGUGUUGCUUACCAGCAGGAUACCAGCGACAGCAGCGGCUACAAGGAUCCCCUUGCCGAUGUCACCACUUGCAAGCGUGAUAUCCCUUAUAUGAAGAAACUGCGCACCAAUGUCAUUCGUACUUACUCGAUCAACGCCUCCGCCGACCACUCGGAAUGCAUGCAGUUGCUGGCCGAAGCUGGCAUCUAUCUGAUCUCUGAUUUGUCUGAUCCGAACCAGUCAAUCGACCGCAGCGAUCCCACCUGGAUGACCAGCCUGUACUCACGGUACACUGCCGUCAUUGAUGAACUGUCUCAGUAUAACAACACCAUUGGUUUCUUUGCCGGCAAUGAAGUCGCCAACAGCGUUGCCACCACCGACUCCGCUGCUUUCGUCAAGGCCGCCGUGCGCGACAUGAAGGCAUACAUCAAGGAAAAGGGUUAUCGGUCUAUGGGUGUUGGAUAUGCCACUGCUGAUGUCUCCGCUAUCCGUGAGAACUUGGGUAACUACUUCGACUGCGAGACGAAGGAUGAGAGCGUUGACUUCUGGGGGUACAACAUCUACUCGUGGUGCGGUACUUCUACUUACUCGGAGUCUGGCUACAAGGCUCGCACUGAAGAGUUCCGGAAUUACACUGUGCCCGUAUUCUUUGCUGAGUAUGGAUGCAACGAUGUCACCCCCCGCAAGUUUACCGAGGUGAAGGCCCUGUACGGCGACACUAUGGCCGAGGUCUGGUCUGGAGGUAUUGUCUACAUGUACUUCCAGGAGACAAACAACUACGGUCUUGUUUCUGUUGUUGAUAGCACAAGCGUUAGCACCAUGGCCGACUUCAAGUACUACUCUAGCGAGAUCGCCAGCGUCGACCCCACUGGCACGAACAAGGCCUCCUAUACCCCCACCAACACUGUUUUGCAGAGCUGCCCGACUGUUGGUAGCGAUUGGAGGGCCGAGGCUUCGCCUCUCCCCCCAACUCCAGACUCUGAACUGUGUCAGUGCAUGUACGAAGAGAUGGCUUGCGUGGCUUCCUCCUCCCUUACGUCUGCCAAGAUGGCUACCCUUCUCGGUGAUGUCUGCGGUGACAUCGACUGCUCGGGUGUGAGUAGCAAUGCCACUACCGGCGAGUAUGGUGCAUACAGCAUGUGUGAGAUCAAGUACAAGCUUGCGUUCGCUCUCAACAAGUAUUACACCGACAACGACAGCAAGGCCACUGCUUGCGACUUCUCUAGCUCUGCUACCACCAAGGCCACCACCAAGGCCACUGGUACUUGCUCGUCCCAGAUCAAGGAGGCGGGAACUGCUGGUACUGGCACUGUCACUACUGAAGCGACCGCGACUGCCGACUCGUCUUCCAGCUCUUCCUCAACCGCGUCGAGCGGUGUUGCUCCCAUCAACCUUCACUCCAGCGUGACUGUUGGCUACUUCCAGAUCGGUGCUUACGUGGCGACUGCGUUCCUGACUGGUCUGGGUAUGAUCAUUCUGUAG